AUACGAGGUCACAUCACAUAUCACAUGACCGCAUAGGCCUAGGAUGACAUAAAAAACGCAUAGCGCAAAAUUUUGAUAUUGUGAAAAUACAGAAAGCAGUAAGAUGCCAUCGCAAACGUACAACGUCUCUGUACUUUCUCCGAAGCUAAGGCACGAAGAAUUCAUUUUGAGUGUUGCUGAUACAUUGAAUUACUUGGAAAAGAUAUCAGAUGACAUCUUCUGCAGGAUUUCCAAACGAGUCGAAGAUUAUCGGGAUAAACUAAGUUCUAUAAACAGAAGAACUGAUUUGGCCCAGGCCAAAAUCGACAAGUUAAAAAGUAGCAAGAAGGCUAUUCAGGUUUUCUCAAGCGCAAAAUAUCCAGCUGCAGAUGAGCUAGAGCCAUACAAGUCAAUUUUUAGUGGCAGUGGCAGUUGCGCAGAGAUCGAAAGGGCGUCUGUGCCAAUCAAUUCAAGACAUCGACCUGUUGAUGGAAGGGUCAUGAAAGAGCGAUUAUCGUAUCAUAGAAUAAAUGCCAGAAAACAGAGUGGGGAAGAUCGUGGUGAGGGACUGGGAAAGCUCCCAAAAAACCUAGAGUCCGUGAGUUCACUGUUACUUUUCAACACUGCUGAAAAUCCGUACAAGAAAUAUGUCAUGUUAGAUCCUUUAUCUGGAGCAGUUACAAAGACAAGAACUGCGAUAGAAGAUGAAGAAAGUCAAAUCGGAGAAGCCCCGAGUACAAUCACAAAUAAAGAGCAAAUUGAGAGGGGAAUAGCCGAUAACUAUUUAUACAUGCCAGGACUUGGAGAAGUACCGGAGAUUGAUGUACCAGCAUACUUGCCCGAUUUGCCAGGAGUUGCUGAUAAUCUUUCUUACAGUGCUGAUUUGGGACCAUCAAUAGCUCCAUCACUCAUACCUGCGAUGAACAUACCUGAGCUGCCAAGUGUUGAUGUUGCUGCACCAGAAGCACCUUCGUCAAGUGACUCACCACCCCCUCCUCCUCCUCCAGGAAAUGUACCCCCACCACCACCACCACCACCACCACCACCACCUUCAGUCAUGCCACCACCCCCACCUCCCCCAGGCGACUUUUCCUCUCAGCCACCCCCUCCUCCUCCUCCAGGAAAUGUACCCCCACCACCACCACCACCACCACCACCUAUGGAGAAUAUGCCAGCACCACCACCUCCGCCACCUAUGAAUACCCCUAAGGGACCUGUACCAAGCAGUGUACCCACAGAGGUGGUUUCAGAUGGAAGGGCUGAUUUGAUGGCUGCCAUCAGAAGUGCAGGUGGAAAGGAUAAAGCAAAAUUGAAAGAUGCACGUCAAAAAAAAGAGGAAAGAAAGAAGGAAAAGGAGAAAACGAAUGCUGCAGCUUCAGGAGGUGAUCUGAUGUCAGAUUUAUUUAGCAAAGUUACAAUGCGGCGCAAAGGAAUUUCUGGCAGUAAGCCAGAGCAAUCAUCUGGAAGCACUGGCGAUGUUUCUGCUAUGGAUCGUAUUUCGGCCAUGAUUCCACCUCCAAAGACUAGAGCUGAUACCACAGACAGUGGAGACUGGGAUUGAAAUUGGCAUGAUAAGCUGUCUUUAAAUAUUUUUCUUUCGGAUUAUAUCAUUGAAAAUUUAUUUCACAUUAAUCUCAUUGAAAAAUAAGGGGAAUUUUGUGGCUUUGUUAGGCAACUAUUUAUACAUUCAGGCUUUUUCGUUUGACACCAUCGAUCAGUAUCGCUUGCGUCAAGCACUCGCGCAAACUCAACCACGCGAUUGUUUCAUCGCUCGUGCAAAACGGAAAAUUGUGAGGAAUAAAUUUUUCAUCAAUUAAAACAUUUCCAGUCAUCUUUUUGUAACCCAAGUAAGUGACAUAGACAAUACAAAGCCGGUAUAUCAAAACAUAGGAAACACAAGUAAGCUGAAUUAACCACAUCUCACCGGAAAUUGUACUUGAAUAUAGAAUCCACCACGAAUGUUUAGGAAUACUAGAGGAGCACUCAGUAUUUGAACCUCAUUAGGUCUUGGAACACCGUCUGUCUGGGCAAUUAAAACGUUUUACGAAGGUUUGGUACAACAUUUUGCGAUUAUUCGGCAAUAGCGUCUUUAUGACCUUCGUGAUGAAGAUAAAAUUUAUAAACGAAGCACAUUUAUAUUGGAUAUUUAAUUGUUCUUGGAGUGCAAAAAAUUUUCAAAAUUGAAACAAUUGAAUUAACCCUCAGAAAAAAUCUAAGUAUCAAAUUUUAGGCUAAAAGUUAUGAGGCUAAAAAUUAUAUUCUGUGAUAUAAAUGCAUACAUGUAUAGUUAUGUUCCUUUAUCGAGUUUUGAUAGUAAAAGGUAAUCGGGUACUAAUUUACUAUAUGAUUAAAUUGACUGUAGUUUUUAUUGGAAAUUCUGUUUAUCCAAAAUUAGAUCAAGUUAGUCUUAUGAAAACUGGUAAAACGAUACUCUGACUGUGACUAAUAUUUUCAAAAUUAAAUCAAAUUUUGUGUUGUGAUAUUUGUAUUUUAAACAUCGCGGGAUUGCCAUAACUUUCUCUUUG